GAAGAAGGUCAAGAUGAAUUCCUACGUAGUUAUUCGCGGAGUCGGAGAACUGCGCUUGGAGAAAGGGCCUGUUCAAGACAUCGAAGCUCAUGCCUCUCCUUAACGGCCCUGUCACUCCCUCGGCAGAGGUCCUCGUGCGCAUGUCCUGGGUCGGGAUCUGCGGCUCGGAUGUGUCCCUGGCGUUCAAAGGGAAGCUGGCGGACUACGAACUGGAGCCGCCCCUGGGAGUGGGACACGAGGCUUCGGGCGUCGUGGCCAAGUGUGGCUCUGGCGUCAAGAACCUGAAGGCCGGUGACCGCGUGGCCUUGGAGCCCGGAGAUCCCUGCGGUUCUUGCCAGUUCUGUCGCGGGGGACAUUAUAACACCUGCGAGACCUCCUGCUUCCACAGCUCCCCCGUGCCUAAUCCAGGAUGCCUCAGCCGCUACUACAAGCACAGGGCCGACCUUUGCCAUAAGCUGCCAGACACCGUGAGCCUGGAGGAGGGCGCCCUCAUCGAGCCCUUCGCCGUCGCCAUCCACGCGUGCCGCCGCUCCGGGGUGUCCAUGGGGACGUCGGUGCUGAUCUGCGGCGCCGGUCCCCUGGGGCUGCUCGGCCUCGUCGCCGCGAAGGCCAUGGGCGCCUCCAACAUCCUCGUCACGGACAUUAAACCGAAGCGGCUGGAAGCGGCCAAGCGGAUGGGCGCCCACCGCACGCUGCUGGCGGACGGGAGCGAACCCCGCGCCUUCGCCCAGAGGGUCAGGCAGACGAUGGGGUGCAUGCCGGAGGUCAGCCUCGAGUGCAGCGGCGUGGAGUCCGCCCUUGCGUCGACCAUAUACGCCACGAGGAUGUGCGGCGUCGUGAUGGUGAUGGGGCUGCCCGCGAAGGACGUCACGCUGCCCUCGUCAACGCUGCCAUCCGCGAGGUCGACAUCAGGGGCGUGUUCAGAUACGUCAACUGCUACCCCACAGCCAUCGAAAUGAUCUCCAAGGGGCUGGUGGACCUGAAGCCCCUCAUCACUCACUGCUUCAAAUUCGAGGACUUCCAGGAAGCCUUCGAGAUUUGCCGCGACGGAGCUGACGGAGUGAUCAAGUGUCUCAUUUCUUGCGAGUGAAAGCGCAAUUGUCUAUUUCCUUGUUCACUUAAGACAACUGGAGAUGACAGACUGAUAAGCUGUAUAAACACUUGUAAACAUCCUCCAGAGAACGAUAACAGCCACAUCAAUCAGACACAGCGGUUCUCAGAGAUCCUAUAUAUACGAGAUCUCACAUAAAAAACGCGACCCUUAACUUUGAAUAGAAAGCGUGCCUGUUAAAUUGAGGAAAGAAAAAAAAAAUAAACAUGAAACAGAAAACGCGCAUGUUAAAUUGAGGAAUAUCCACAUUCUUUCAAACCAAAGCUACCUGCCUCCAGAAACAGUCUUCGACCUUCCUACUUUUAUUUUUCAUUUAUUUUUAUUCUUUUAAGGAUCAUCACAAGUUGCUUCAAAUCCUCUAUACGGAAGGCGUAUUCUGUGAGAUAACACAAAAGAACCGAGUUGAGGGAAGUGGCAAAUUAUCGUUUUUUUAUCACAGUUUGAAGAACUAGAGCGUCUGCUUUGAAGUGAGGUUUCUCAACUGUACUAACACA